AUGGGGGUGGUAGUCACCGUCUGGGGUGUCGUCGUGGACGUGGCCGGCUUCUGGCAAAGGAAGCUUCGAACCUGGUACACGCGCAAAAGCCCCGUUGAGUUGUGGCUGGAAUUAUUGAGAACAGCUGAGGCCUUUGAGGAUUGGGAAGAAGCUGCAUUACAUCUCGAUAACCUCCUCGGCCUCGAUUUAUGGAGAAACAACCCAGCGUCCAAAUACUACGACUGGAGGCUUAUUGCAGAACGUCUAGACUCUCUUGCGACUGCACGAGAAGAUGGCAACUUUCAGCAGCUUGUUAACCUAUUGAGAUCCGGCCUCGUUCGAAACCUAGGAAACAUCACCUCACCGAAGCUCUACAACAGAUCAUUUGCCGGGACCAAGUAUCUUAUAGAGGAAUACAUAACACAGAUUGCUGAAGCAGUAGAGGAUAUCCGCACCCUUCCUACAACUCCCUCGGCUGUACAUGGUGCUGGACCAUCGUUGACGACGCAGAUGAAGUUGGACUGUAUUCAUGAUACAAGGCAAGCUUUCGGAAGAAGCACCCUCGUCCUCCAAGGCGGUGCCAUAUUUGGCAUGUGUCAUCUAGGCGUUGUAAAGGCUCUCUUCUUGCGCGGGCUACUUCCACGUAUAAUCACCGGUACGGCCACAGGCGCCUUGAUUGCUGCUCUUGUCGCAAUUCACACCGAAGAUGAGCUGCCAGCAGUUUUGAGUGGCGAUGGUAUCGAUCUUUCAGCCUUUUCACCAAAGAAUGGACAUGAAAAUGGUGAACUUUCGACUAUUGGAGCUUUCCGGUCAAGGUGGGCGACUUUGCUACGGAGAAUUAGACGCUUUUCUAAAGAAGGUUACUUCCUUGAUGUAACUGUCCUGGAAGAGUGCGUGAGGGCCAAUGUGGGAGAUCUCACGUUUGAGGAGGCGUAUAAUCGAAGCAAACGGGUGUUAAACAUCACAGUUGCGACAGAAGGCCAGGGAGGAGUACCGACGCUGCUCAACUAUCUCACUGCACCUAAUGUGUUAAUUUGGACAGCUGCUGUGGCGUCAAAUGCUUCAUCACCCUCUCUCUAUGGCCAUCGUAAGACGACCAUGCUCUGCAAAGAUGCCCACGGUAACAUUGUGCCAUGGGCACCGGCCAACACAAUCGAUUUUCGACACUGGACUCACACAUCAUACUCGGACCGGGACUCACCUUUACGGCGCAUUGCUGAGCUAUUCAACGUCAACCACUUCAUCGUCAGUCAAGCUCGACCGUACCUCAUCCCCUUUAUUCAGUCCGACAUGCAUGGUCCAUCUCUGGUUGAGUCGCGAAGCAAGACAACGCAAGUAUCCGCAUUUCUAGUACGCAUGGUUGGGUUGGAAAUAAGACACCGCCUCAGCCAACUGGAUACUCUGAAUCUGCUACCAACCGGUAUCCGUCGCUUCCUCGUCGACGAGCAAGUCCCUGCCGCUUCCAUGGUCCUCGUCCCGGAAGUGACAGCUGGAGAUUUUGUGCGAUUGCUGGAGACACCUACCAGAGAAACCCUCAACUAUUGGGUUCUUCGAGGCGAAAGGAGCGUCUGGCCUGCUGUGGCCGCCCUGCGAAUUAGAUGUGCCGUCGAGAAUGAGCUCGACAGGUCAUAUCAGGUUGUAAGAAAGCUAAAGGCCCCUGGUCUCCGGCGCAAGGGCAGCAUGACAGCCAAUAUGGAAGCUGAAAGAAGAGAGCGUAACAGUCAGUCUGUUUCGACUAGUACGGAUUUUGGUCAAAGUUGA